CGGAAUAGGAUAAGACACAUCGCGCUCGGUUUGUCGGUGUCUCGCUGAGUUUUCGGCUGCCUGUGCCAUAUGUUAGCAGACGACGUGCACGUGCGUCACUUCCCGCUGCGCGCGCAUACUGAGCACUGCUGCGAGGGGUUUUUUCUAGACACUUUUAUGGGUACGGAGGGCCGGAGACGACGUACAGUGGUAGCCGUGCAUGUGUGCGUUCUGUGUUAAGUCUCGCUGGCAGUUGGCGCUGUAUCUGUCGGUUAAGCGCGUGCGUGCGUGCGAUUUGGCCGUGUGCCUGUUUUAGGAUGUUGGCGACCGUCCGCUGCCGAGUUCGGAGUGUGUCACUUGGUUAGCUCGCCUGAUGGUUGGUUGACUGCUUCAGCGAAUCGGAGAAAGACGAAGACGACAGAGUACGCUUGCGCUGCAGCAGCACUGUGCGCUCCCGAAUGCUGUUGGGGCCGGAUCGAUUCCAAAUCGGAGUAGUUGGGUGAGGGGUACUUUUGGUCACCACCAGCGACGACAGCAACCCAUUAAACGACGACCACCACGCGACGCGCCUGAUCUGCUGAUUGCUGUGGACUGCGUCGCUGUUGGCAAGCACGAAGGACAAAGGACAGCAGGCCGUUCAGUAAGCAAAACUGAUUGGCAGUAGAAGUACAGCGCGGUGGGCUGCUGGCAGACGAGGUUAAUACCAUUAGUUGGCUAUAACAGAACUGAUUGGUGUGUGGUUGCCGCCAACACUUUCCAAUAAAGAAAAUUAACGCAGCUACCAUCAUACCCAUUCCCAUUGUCAUUGCGGGUCGCCAUCGAGGCCAAAAACAUAACCGCUAGUCGAAGAUCCCAAAGGCGUUUGGAGAUAGAUCCCAACAAAACAGCUAACAGCCUGUUUCAUAUACGGAAAGCAAGCUGCCUCAACACAAGCAGAAUAAACAUCAGCCCCUGAAACAGCGGCAACGAGAAAAUCAGCAGUUAUCACAGCAGCGCUUUUCAGCCGCUGCAAUACCAUUAGUUAACCAUUGACGUCGUACGUUGAUUUGCGCUGUCGUCACCGAAGCAAUAGGAAGUUAUAACAGACGGUAGAAACAACCGUGCUACAGGCGAAGUCAACCAAAAUCCUUGGACGACAGCACUUUGUGAUGGUAGCAAUGCGCCAGUUCUGGUGUUAUCAGAUUAUUGCCAGCAUGGUGUAUCCUGCUCUGUAGUGAACAUUGGACUUGGCUGUAGUAAUACUGAAGUGCUGUUGGUGUCUAGGUAGCUAUAUAGAGCAGCAGCAUCGGGUUGGUAACGAUUCCGCGUCCUGUCACGCGGCGUCAGCUCGAGCGCUUGCCGCCGCCGCGUGAUGCAAGUCGUUGUCCAAAAAUCUGCUGCGGGGCUAAUAUCCCUGAUGGCAGUAGCGGUCGUCGUGAUCGGCCUUGUCUCCGAAUCGGCCGUUGAAUGUUCACCGCACAACGAGGUGUUUACCAACUCAUUUCUCGUGCGCUUUCGCCGUGACAUGACCCGGAAGGAGGCAUCCAGCGUAGCAAAUGUGCAUGGUUUCGUAAAUCUCGGUCCGGUGGUUGGUUCAGCUCGAGAGUACCAUUUUAUGCACCGGUCCAUACCUCAUGCCCGUGCUCGACGAAGUGUUGGCCAUAUGAGGUCUCUCAAAACACAUCCCGACGUGCAACACGCCAUCCAGCAAGCGGGGUUCCAUCGAACAAAACGAGGUUAUAAUAGACUGCGGCUAGCCGUCCUUGAACAAAUUCAACAACAAUACCAGAACGAACCCACUGACCCAUAUUUUCCCUUUCAGUGGUACCUAAAAAACGUCGGUCAGAAUGGUGGUAAACCCCGCCUCGAUUUGAACGUGGAAGCGGCCUGGGCACAAGGUUUCACCGGUAAAAACGUAACAACAGCGAUUAUGGACGACGGAGUCGAUUAUAUGCAUCCGGACCUCAGAGACAAUUACAAUGCGCGUGCCUCGUACGAUUUCUCUGGGAACGAUCCGUUCCCUUACCCCCGCUAUACAGAUGACUGGUUCAAUUCGCACGGCACCCGAUGUGCUGGCGAAGUGGCCGCUAAACGGGAUAACGGUGUUUGCGGUGUCGGAGUUGCUUAUAAUUCGAAGGUGGCUGGCAUUCGAAUGUUGGACCAACCAUACAUGACUGAUCUCAUCGAAGCCAACUCGAUGGGUCACGAGCCCCACCUGAUUGACAUUUACUCGGCGUCUUGGGGCCCUACCGACGAUGGCAAGACUGUAGACGGACCGCGCAAUGCUACCAUGCGCGCAAUUGUCCGAGGCGUUAAUGAAGGACGUCGUGGUCUGGGCAACAUCUACGUGUGGGCUUCCGGAGACGGUGGCGAGGAAGACGACUGCAACUGCGACGGAUACGCGGCCUCGAUGUGGACAGUCAGUAUUAACUCGGCUAUUAACAAUGGAGAAAAUGCUCAUUAUGAUGAGAGUUGUUCAUCGACUCUUGCAUCGACGUUCUCCAAUGGCGCGAAAGAUCCUCAUACCGGAGUGGCGACGACAGAUCUCUAUGGGAAGUGCACAAAAACUCAUUCUGGAACAUCAGCUGCCGCUCCUGAGGCUGCCGGUGUUUUCGCCUUGGCCCUUGAGGCAAAUCCUCAGUUGACUUGGCGCGACGUCCAACAUCUGACAGUCCUUACGUCCAAGCGGAAUUCUCUGUACGAUGCUAAGAAGCGAUUCCACUGGAAAAUGAACGGUGUCGGCCUAGAAUUCAACCAUUUGUUUGGCUAUGGGGUCAUGGAUGCAGGAGCAAUGGUAGCAUUGGCAACUGAGUGGAAGACCGUACCGCCGAGAUACCAUUGCGAAGCCGGGGCUGUUCGCACACCCAGGCGCUUCACGGAGGGCUCCUCUGCCACCAUAAAAAUUGAGACCACCGCAUGUGCCGGCAAGGAGACCGAAGUGAAUUACAUAGAGCACGUACAGGCUGUUCUCAGUCUAAACGCAACUCGACGGGGAGAGGUUACCCUCUAUUUGGUGUCGCCAUCAGGCACUCGGUCGAUGAUUUUGAGCCGUCGACCCCACGACGACGACCACAGAGACGGUUUUACGAAGUGGCCGUUUAUGACAACACAUACUUGGGGCGAAAACCCGAAGGGGCGUUGGCAGCUAGAAGCGCAUAUUGGCGCUCAGGAAGGCGAUACAAAACAGACAAAGCAAGAGAAACCAAGUGUUGCAAAAAACCUCGAAGGAUUUGUGCUUGAAUGGACGCUCAUGGUGCAUGGCACAAAAGACCCUCCAUACAAGGAUCUGCCGAUCCAGGAUGAGAACAGCAAACUUGCCAUCGUCAAGAAGGCUCAUGAGGAUUACCUUAAGAAAAAGAAGCAUUAAGCGAAUUUCGCCUUGUGGACAACUUCUUUAAGUUAAGCUCACUUAAAUCGUCGGGUGAUGAAACGAUCUAAGUCAACAAAAAUUUCAAGCUUUAUGUAAAAUAGUUAACUUAUGGAUUGCUAGCUAUGACUUUAGUAAAAUUCCGAAGGAUGUAAGCAAACCAAAUCAUGGAGCCGAAAGAGAUAGAGUUGAAUAUUUUUCAUUGUUCUGAUCAAAUCGUGGCCGAUGACAGCCACAGUGUUGCACUAGUUAAUUUUUCAAGCUGCGAAAUAUCGGAUCAAACAAAAUAUACCUCUCCGAAAAUACUUGCUCCUGAAAUCGAUAAAUACAGCUACGGUGUCGUCCUGACAAAUGUUAAAGACUUGUUUUCUAUUAAAGUUUCUCAUUGGUGGCUGGUACAAUAACCACUAUAGAGGACUAAGGAGAGGUCCUGUUGUUGGCCGUAUUCGAGACAGCUUAAUUUGGAACUCGAACCCAAUCAAGACGUCACCCAUAAAUUGACGCUGUGGAAGUGUCUAAAAAAUUGGUGGACGGACGGCCAGCGCUUGAGGAUCUAUCCCGACGUGCCCGUUGUUCAUCUUUUGAUAAUAGUGAAGUUGCAGCCCUGAUUUUGACGAUCCCCCGAACCUCAUUAGAGUCACAGCACUGUAAGUAUGCCGCAAACAUAUCACAGAGGCAAGAUAUAUAGGCAAAGCGGUGAGGUAGUACCAAGACGAAUGGGAUCGUGCCAUACAUUUAACAGCAAUUACUGAUAUCAUUUUGAUGCGGCUCUGGUAUUAAUUUCGCGUUUAUGACUGUUGAACGACAUAGGCAACUUCAGCUGUACUUGACGCAGUAGUAGUUUCUCAUAGUUGUCUAUACAUUUCUACAUACGUGUUUGUAGUUAAUAGUUACUAAACGACUUACAGAGCUCUAUUUGGGUUACGGGAAUUAGCUAUAAAUUUACAUCGACGGGCUUAUCGACGAUUUUAUAUAUAUAUAUAUAAUCUAAAACAAAAAAACAUUUAACGCAUUGUUAUAUAUAUAUAUAUAUAUAACAAUGCGUUAAAUGGUUUUUUGUUUGUUAUUUUCUAAAUUUUGGGAACAUGCCUGAGCUAUGGGAACGUAAACUGAUUUCUCCAUCUUUGUUUACGCGGAUAAUUUUAAAACGCACCUUCCUUAUGAACAUCCCCAGCUUUCCCCCAGGAUUGUAAAAUAUUAUGCGUUCAUUUUUGAACAAACAAUCGCUAGUAUUAUCAUUGUUAUUAUAUAUUGACACUUCAUUGAAAAAGUUUGGUACAGCUUUACAGUAUUCUUUGAGCAUAUGCGGUAGCUUCCAAGAAAAGAAAUCAAGUUACUAUUAAAAAAUUUGGUAAAAUAUUAUUGCGGGUUAGCCUUAAGGACAACGUUAUUUCUAAGUAUUUUUGUCGUACACUCGAAUGCGUUGUUAUUACCAGGUUGAAUAGAUGAGAUAAGUAUCUAUCUAUAAUGUGGGUUUUCUGUGCGAUAGGCUUCUUGGCUGGGAAAUGAAAUAUUAGUCAUUUGUAGAACGAAUUAGAGAGUCUACUUUGGUACGCCGGCCCAAGAAUAGUCAAAGUUAUUGUGGGACUUCUACCAGACGCGUCUGAACUAUUAUAGGCACCCUAGAACUAGAAGAAGAGAAUAUGAUCUAAGGAAAUUUUGUCAUGCUACACUGUUGGGUUCAAGAAGUCUAUCGACGUUGUGCUAUCAUAGGCGCUAGAUAUCGAGAUGAAGAAGCGUUUCUAGCAGUUGUCAGCAUCGCGAUCACGUUGGCAGCACUCUUU